CGGUUCUUCGUUGGCUCUGCGGGAUUGCUUUAGCCUCAUACGCGGCCGGGAGGGCGGAGUUCAAGCUCGGAAAAUACCGGAGUGGGCUGGAGAAGGAAGCGAAACUUUUCUGUUUUUCUCGUCAUUCCUGUGGCUCUCCAAUUGCAGCUGUGCUUCGGAAUAGGGGGCCUUGGCUUAAUAAUUCAAAUUACAAACUUCUAAGAUAUUGAUCAGCAGAAGCUAUGGAGGUAUAUGGCAAAUCCAUGAUUGCUGAGCCAAGAAAUGUGAUUUUUUUGUCCAGUAUUCUCAACCGAGAAGGUCCAAUUCCUAGUCACAAAUGUGACUGGAGAUGUCAAAAUGAACACUUGUUUGGAAAUAUGUAUCGCUGCAAACUAUCCGGAAUUACGCAUAUAUGUGAUAGAAAUUGUAACCAGAGGAUUUUAUAUGAUAACCAUAGUUCCCUUUGCAGAGUUAGUGGGCAGGUUUUUCCUCUUUCACCCGCUGAGGAGCACGCAGUGAGAGGUAUUCGGAGGAAGUUCGAAGUCGAGAACUCUGAUGGGUGUGCUUUUAAGCGCAAGCGAGAUGCUAAGCUGCAUCCUUCUCCUUUCGAGAGAUCCUUUUGUUCAGUUAACCCAAUCUGCAGUCAAAUUGGAGAUGGAAUGGACAUGAGUUAGAUCUCAUGAUUCCAUCUCCAGGUCUUUCUUUGUUUUCAUUUUUUUCUCCACUUUGAUGAGGGAGAAUUGAGUACUAUCAUUCAGAACUUUAGUGAGUCUGGUAGAGCAACUGAGUAUGUUCCUAUAUGUUGUAGGAUGUCUUAACAACUUUUCUUCUAUGACACUUUUAUUUGAAAUGGAACGAUGUAACUUCUUAAUAUGUGACAAAUCUUUUGUUACCAUUUCAGGUGUCUCA